ACUUACUAAAACCUCAUUUGGUUUGAAUUGACCAAUCCAGACUUAGCCCAGGAACCCCAAAGCACUCUGCCUGCGGACCCCAAUAGAGGCAUAUGCCCCAGGUCCUGUUCUGUCCUCUGCCUUAACCUUCUGGUGUGGCCCCUCAAGGUGUGAUGUGGAACUUCUCCAGGACUUGUGCCAGCAGCUGACUUGGUGCUCAUCUCAUCUGCCCACCAUGGCCCAGGGACUGCCCAGCACCACCAGCCUGGAGCACUUCAGCCAGAAGCUGAACCGGCUGAAGACACUGGAGGAGCCCACCACAGAGAAGUCGCUGCAGCCCCACCUGACCACGCUGGAGCUGACCCUGCUGGGUGUGGGUGGCAUGGUGGGCUCAGGCUUCUAUGUGCUCAUGGGCACUGUGGCCAAAGAGGUGGCCGGCCCUGCAGUGCUCAUAUCCUUUGGGGUAGCUGCCGUGGCCUCUCUGCUGGCAGCCCUGUGCUAUGCAGAGAUUGUGGUGCCUAUGCCCCACAAGGGCUCUGCCUACCUGUUCACCUAUGCAUCCAUGGGUGAGCUGUGGGCCUUCCUCAUGGGCUGGAACAUGCUCCUCAAGCAUCUCAUUGGUGGAGCUGCUGUGGCACGUAUCUUCAGCAGCUACCUGGACGCCAUCUUCAGCCGCCCUAUCCGCAGCUUCGCUGAGGCCCAUGUGGGCAUCUGGCAGGUGCCCUUCCUGGCGCAGUACCCAGACUUCCUUGCUGCUGGUAUCAUACUUUUGGCCUCUGCAUCUGCCUCCUGCAGAGCCCGUGUCUACUCUUGGCUCAACACCAGCUUCUCCGCCAUCAGCCUGAUCGUCAUGCUCUUCAUCAUCAUCCUGGGGUCUGUCCUGGCCCACCCGCACAACUGGAGCACUGAAGUGGGUGGCUUUGCACCCUUUGGCUUCUCUGGCAUCAUGGCUGGCACUGCUACCUGCUUCUACGCCUUCGUGGGCUUUGAUAUCAUUGCUGCCUCCAGCAGGGAGACCCAGAACCCAAAGCGAGCCGUGCCUAUGGCCAGCGCCAUCUCGCUUGGCCUGGUGGCUGUUGCCUAUAUUCUUGUCUCCGCUGUGCUCACCCUCAUGGUGCCCUGGCACAGCCUGGACCCUGACUGGGCGCUUGCUGAAGCCUUCUACAAGCGGGGCUAUAGCUGGGUGGGUUUUGUCGUGGUGGUUGAAUCCAUUUCUGCCAUGAACAGUGUCCUGAUCAGCAACCUCUUUUUCCUGCCACGCGUGGUCCGUAUCAUGGCUGCCGAUGGGCUCUUCUUCCAGGUGUUUGCCCACGUGCACCCCCAGACACAGGUGCCCAUUGUGGGCAUGCUGGUGUUUGGGGUCCUCAUGGCUUUCCUGGCACUGCUGCUGGACCUUGAGACACUGGUGCAGUUCCUGUGCAUCAGUGCACUGCUGACCUACAUUUUUGUGGCCAUCAGCAUUAUCAUGCUACGUUUUCAAAAGGCCCCUCCAUCCAGUUCCCUGGACCCAGGUAGCCGUGAGGGCACAGAGCAGACUUCAGCUGAGCCUGGGCAGCUGCGACCAGCCCUGAGGCCCUACCUCCGCUUCCUGGGUGGGUACAGACCUGGAGCUGCCGUGGCUUGGGCCCUCGGUGUCCUGGUGGGCUCGGCCAUCACCCUGGACUGCGUGCUGGUCUUUGGGGACUCGGCCCUGCACCUCCCACCCUGGGGCUACACCCUGCUGCUCCUGCUCAGCUCCAUCACCUUUCUGCUCAGUCUCCUCGUCCUGGGGGCCCACCAGCAGCAGCGCCGGCAGGACACCUUUCAGGUUCCCAUGGUGCCCCUGACUCCCGCCCUGAGCAUCCUCCUCAACAUCUUCCUCAUCCUGCACCUGAGCUACCUGGCCUGGCUGAGCUUCUCCAUCUGUCUGCUGAUCGGACUCGUGGUGUAUUUUGGCUAUGGCAUCAGGCACAGCAAGGAGAACCAGCGGGAGCAGCCGGGAUUGACAGCCACACGCGGCAGCCUGGAGGAGAUGGUGCCAGCCCUGCAGCCCACCAGCCAGGCACCAGCCCGGGAGCCCAGCCACAGAGAGCAGCCCGCCAGUCCAUGAGGACCACUGGGGGCCUGCCCUCCCUCCCUUACCUCCUCAGGAGGUCAGAGGUUCUGGCAGCCCCUCUAUCUGGGGCAGCUCAGCUUGGCAGACCUGCCCAUGCCAGGGGGUCCUCAGGACCUCAGGACCUUAGCCCAGGUGCCGAGCUUCGAGUAUUAGAGUUAGCUGUGGCCAGUGCUGGUGUGGUGGACUCUGCCCAGUGCCGUCCAGUUUAUGACCAACUCCAGCUACCUGGGCAGGUGGAGUAGGGCAGGCAAGGAAGAGCCUCAGCCCCAGGGACCCACAAUAACUGCUCGGCCCACAGUGUGGCCUGCUGCGGUGUCCACUGUGGUGGUCUUUGUGGCACUGAGCCCUCACUUGUACCUGGGAGCCAGGAGAUUUCCCUCAAUCCACAACAAAGAUGCCAAGAUUCUCUAAGGGGGAUGUGGCAGGGGUCCCUGACAGGGUAGGGCCAGGCUCCCUUCCAGGGUCCCCACAUGUCCCCUCAGGGUUGGAUCCAGAGAGCAGAGCCUGGUCCCCAAGGAGGCCACCUAGAAAGGGCAGUGCUGUUCCAGGGUUCCCUCAGUUUCCCAGAGAACAGGGCAUGUCCUGAGGCCUGCCUCGGAUGGAGAGGCUCCCCGGCCCAGGCACACACAUCUCUCAGGCACAGGCCCACAUGGCCCACACAGUCCCCUGGGCAUGCACACCCACGUGCAGACUGAGGCAGCAGCUGUUUCCCAGCCCAGGGCUGCCCGCAGCUUCCAGUGGUCUCUCUCCCUGCCGCCCCCUCAGGGCUUUGUGACAAAGGCUCGGGAUGGGACACACGCGGGCAGCUGGGUGCACAAGCACCUGGCUGCUCUAGAUGAUUCCAGAUGCUGCCCAGCCUGAGCCCCAGGCCUCCCCUUCCCAGCCUGGCCCAUAUCGCUCCACCAGCAAGCUGCCUGCAUCGCCCCUGCUCACCAGGGAACUAUGAGAAGGCAGCCCCUAGUCUCCCUGGGGUGGGUACCCCAAACCCUGCCCCUCACUGGGAGCAAGAGAGCCCUUGGCUCCUGAAGCCCAGUCCCUCCCCUCCUGACCAUGGGCCCAGGACACAGGGAAAUUCUCCAGCAGGCAGGACUCAGGCCUCCAGAGGAUUCCAGAGCCUGAACCAGGCCAGCAUGCUGGGGGCUCCAUAUCCUCUGUUAGGGACAUUCUCUCCAGCCUCUGCUCUUGGUCAGAGCAUGGUCCUCAUGCAGUUGCCUCAGGCUGGGGUGGGCAGCUGCCCAGACAUGUUCUCAGGUAUGACCUUGGGCAGCAGUGACGUGUGUCCAGAUAUCCAGCCUCCCCACCCCAUGGUUCCCAGGAGCCCAGUGAGCAGGUUGCAGGGUGUUGGGCUGGUGUCACCAAGGAGACAGACAAAGUGUCCCAAAGGACCCCAUACCCACCAACUCAGCCCCUCCGCUCUCCAAAUCCCAGCCCUCCACAGUCCCAGGGCUGCCACCAGGAAGGGGCUGGUGCUCAUCAGCUGAGCAGGUAGGGGCCCAAGAGGGUCCUGUGCCCUUGCCUGGGGUCCUAGGGGCUCAGAACAUCUGCUCCCUGCACUCCUCACUCCAUGGACAAGGCCCAGAGCUGGGAGGGGCCCUGCCUGGGAACCCACCACAGAGCAGCUGCCACAGCUCCUCCUGUCAGGCUGCCUUCUCCCUGGCCUUGGACUCUGGUUGCACAGACCCCAGUGCAGGGCAGCUGAG